GAAAUAGUUCGGCGUGAGCUGAAGGAGCGCGCCCGGUGCCAACGUUCUGUUUGUCGUAGGGAACAUCAGUCAAGAUGCCUGGGUUAAACUGUAGGUUUUACCAACACAAGUUCCCGGAGGUGGACGACGUGGUCAUGGUGAACGUCCGCUCCAUAGCUGAGAUGGGGGCUUACGUCAGCCUCUUGGAAUAUAACAACAUCGAGGGUAUGAUUCUGCUCAGCGAGCUGUCGAGAAGGCGUAUCCGAUCUAUCAACAAACUUAUUAGGAUUGGCAGGAACGAGUGUGUUGUGGUGAUCAGGGUCGAUAAAGAUAAAGGAUAUAUAGAUUUAUCCAAAAGAAGAGUUUCACCAGAGGAAGCCCUAAAAUGUGAAGAUAAAUUCACCAAAUCCAAAACUGUGUACAGUAUUCUGCGGCACGUGGCGGAGGUGCUGGACUACACAAAGGACGAGCAGCUGGACAGUCUGUUCCAGAGGACGGCUUGGGUGUUUGACGAAAAGUACAAGAAGCCGGGAUACGGAGCCUAUGACGCUUUUAAAAAUGCAGUCUCUGACCCCGACAUUCUUGAUGGGCUGGACUUAAGUGAAGAUGAGAGACGCGUUCUUAUUGACAACAUUAACAGGCGCUUGACCCCACAAGCGGUGAAAAUCCGAGCAGAUAUUGAAGUGGCAUGCUAUGGGUAUGAAGGAAUUGAUGCUGUUAAAGAUGCACUGAGAGCAGGGCUGAGUUGUUCCACAGAGAACAUGCCAAUUAAGAUAAAUCUGAUUGCACCUCCCCGGUAUGUGAUGACCACUACUACUCUGGAGAGGACGGAGGGGCUUUCUGUGCUCAAUCAAGCAAUGUCGGUCAUUAAAGAGAGGAUUGAAGAGAAGAGAGGAGUAUUUAAUGUCCAGAUGGAGCCUAAGGUGGUCACAGAUACGGACGAAACCGAACUUGCACGGCAGCUGGAGCGACUGGAGAAAGAGAACGCAGAGGUUGAUGGAGAUGACGAUGCCGAUGAGAUGGAGGCAAAAACUGAAGAUUAAAAAUAACACAACAAUUUAAACAUCAUUUUUGUUUUUGGAGAAAAAAUUCAAGUCACAAAAACUGACUUCCAUGCCAUUUUCAUUUGCCUAAAAUGCUUUUCUCUGAAUAUCUUCCCCUUUCUAACCUCCACAAUUCAGUCUGUAUAUGCAACACAUCUCUAAAUUAAGCCAACACUCGUGUGAAACCAUAGGGGCCAGCACAUUCCAUCCAUACAACCUUCUCUCUGGUUAAAGGGAAAGUUGGCCCGGCUAAUCAGAUCUUUAUUAGAAGAGCUGCUUUAUUAGGUCAGUGAGUGCAUUCUCACGUGGGACUGAACUAGACCAGAGCCCUACUGCGUAUCGUUAACAAUCAAAGCCUUUCUAUAUUUACACUUAGUCUACAUUAAUAUAUACCACAGUGGGUUCAAAAUAUACCUUGACAUAGAACUGCUUCUUCAUUUAUACCUGUCACUUCAGUCUCAAGUGAAAAUACUCUCCAGAGAAGCUUUUGUUUAAGGGAUAUCCAGUCUGCAGAUUUCUGAGUAUUAUGGAAUGAAGCCCUCGUGCAUUUUUUGCUGUGUGUUAGAGCUCAGCCAGUGCUGGUGGGCAGGCAGCUGGGAUACCAUUGCUUAUGUACUAACACUUAAAGGACAAGGAAAGGCAAAAAAAUAAAAUCCCAUUUUUACUUUCUUUAAUGAAAAAGAAACCUUUCUCCAAUAUACUUUAAUUAAAAAAUGUGUACCGUUUUUAUAAGAAACCUGACUGUAUGCAGUGAAAUUCUCCCUUCAUUUACUGCUGUGGAUAGGAAUUGUCAGAUGGUCCCUACCUGCUAUGGGGAACAAUUAUACUUAUGAACAGCAGGGGGAGCCCCCGCCUUACUUCCCAGCCAUGCAGAACUCAAGCAGAUUUGUUUAUGACGAUCCCUAAGCAGCCCAGACCACACUGAGCAUGUGCAGGGUCAGGGUCAGGCACAGAUGUUUAACAAAGUUGCAAGAUGACAGCCCCCUGUGGCCAACUUUGAAAGCAUAAAUCAUUUGUUUGAUUAGGCUUGUGGUGCAGUAAGUUCAUGUUUAUGUUUAGUAUACAAAAUACAGCAUUUCUAGCCUUAUUCUACUUUAGACUUUCCUUGUCCUUUAACUUGCCUUUGACAUUACUCUUGUGCAAUAGAUCUCUGGGACAUAUACUGCCCUUUCACAGCAAAGAGAUUCGUUGCUGGACUUGCCUUUUAUUUCCAGAAAACAAUGCAAAAUACAGAUAAAAAUUGUUGAAUAUUUUUAUUAUCAUUCCCAACGUGUGUUCUACUACAGAGCUUUCUGUGAGAUACCAAUAAAAUCCAAGAUAUUUA